GGCGCGCGCACGGCGGUCUUGACUUCCUCCUCAAUCCGCGGCUCCUUCUUCUCCGGGGUGCCCGUCUCCAGUCUUCCCGGGCGUCGAGGGGAGGCGUCUCCGGUGAAAGCAGCUCAACUGGCUCAUUCCUCCUUUCUUUCUUUCUUUCUUCCUUCCUUCCCGCCCUUCGUCCAUUGUGCAGCCGGCAACUCCAGCACUCCCACCUGCUGGCAGCGGCGAGGCGAAGCAAGCGACGUCCCCCCCCCUCCGUUUCAUUCACCCCUCUGCGCGCGUAUGUCCCCAGCUGAACCGGGGAGAGCCUCCUCCUCCUCCUCCUCCCGCCAGAGUGCGGAGUCGCCUCCUUGCCCUUCCUUCCUCUUCCCCAGCAGCACCUUCCUUCAACCGAGGCAGCCUUGCAAUCAGCAGCGCCAUCCCCGCCUCGCUGCUUUUCCUGCCCAGAAGAGCCGCCGCCGCCGCCGCCGCUGCCGCUGCAAUUCCCCGGGAGUGCAAGCGGGGGAAUAGGGGCCGGUGGUUGGACUGCCGCCGCUGCCGCCUUGGACUGUAAUGUACUCCCCGUUGCUGUUGUUAGUGCCGCAGCCGCAGCAGAAGCAGAAGCAGCAGCCGCAGCCCUGAAGGAGCCAUGCCGGGCUGGAAGAAGAACAUCCCCGUCUGCCUCCAAGCCGAGCAGGAGAGAGAUGACAGUCCAUAUACUAAAUCUUCAAACCAAUCAAAGCCACCUGAUGGAGCACUAGCUAUAAGAAGACAGAGCAUUCCAGAGGAAUUCAAAGGCUCAACAAUAGUUGAACUGAUAAAGAAAGAGGGCACUACUUUGGGGCUUACAGUAUCUGGUGGAACGGACAAAGAUGGAAAACCAAGAGUGUCCAAUCUUCGACAAGGAGGAAUUGCUGCUAGAAGUGACCAACUGGAUGUGGGGGAUUACAUCAAAUCUGUAAAUGGAAUCAACCUGACAAAGUUUCGCCAUGAUGAGAUCAUUAGUUUGCUCAAGAAUGUUGGUGAGCGGGUUGUAUUAGAAGUGGAGUAUGAGCUGCCACCUGCUUCUGUACAAGGUUCAGGUGUCAUUUUUAGAACUGUGGAAGUUACUUUACAUAAAGAAGGAAACACUUUUGGAUUUGUAAUUAGAGGUGGCGCACACGAUGACAGAAAUAAAUCUCGUCCUAUUGUAAUAACAUGUGUUAGACCUGGAGGUCCUGCCGACAGAGAGGGUACUAUCAAACCUGGAGACAGGUUGCUCAGCGUUGAUGGAAUUCGGCUUGUUGGAACUUCACACAAUGAAGCCAUGUGUAUUCUCAAACAGUGUGGGCAAGAAGCAACUCUGCUAAUAGAAUAUGAUGUCUCAGUUAUGGAUUCAGUAACAACAGCUUCUGGGCCACUGCUUGUCGAAGUUGCCAAAACCGCUGGUUCUGCUCUGGGCGUUGCACUAUCUACCUCAAUGUGUUGCAGCAAGCAAGUCAUUGUUAUAGAUAAAAUAAAAUCUGCAAGUAUAGCAGAUAGAUGUGGUGCAUUACAUAUAGGUGAUCAUAUUCUGUCUAUUGAUGGUACUAGCAUGGAAUAUUGUACUUUGGCUGAAGCAACACAAUUUUUGGCUAAUACUUCUGACAGUGUCAAACUAGAGAUCCUUCCCCAUCAUCAGACACGUCUUGCACUUAAAGGACCAGAACAUGUAAAGGUUCAAAGGAGCAACAAGCAGAUUCUAUGGGAUCCUUAUGCCAAGAGUCACAGCAGUGCCCUCAGUUACCACCAUUAUAACACCAAACACCCUGAUCAUUUCAGGAUGCCAGCUUUGAAAUGCCAGAAAACACCACCUCAAAAAAGUCUUUCCUUGGUAUCUUCAUCAUUCUCUCCUGCCUCCAUGAGUGCAUACAGCUUGAGUUCACUAAACAUGGGAACUUUACCACGCAGCCUCUACUCUACUAGUCCAAGAGGAACAUUGAUGAGAAGAAGAAUGAAAAAGAAGGACUUCAAAAGCUCAUUAUCACUAGCCUCUAGCACUGUUGGCUUGGCAGGGCAAGUUGUUCACACGGAAACCACCGAAGUAGUGUUGACAGCUGAUCCGAUUGUAGGAUUUGGAAUACAACUCCAGGGCAGUGUGUUUGCUACAGAGACAUUAUCAUCUCCACCUCUGAUUUCCUAUAUAGAAGCUGACAGUCCAGCAGAAAAGUGUGGCAUCCUCCAAAUAGGAGACAGAAUACUGACUAUAAAUGGGAUCCUAACUGAAGAUAGCACAUUUGAUGAAGCUAAUCAGCUCCUCAGAGAUUCUUCUAUCACUAGCAAGGUCACUCUGGAAAUUGAAUUUGAUGUUGCAGAAUCUGUCAUACCAAGUAGUGGCACUUUUCAUGUAAAACUACCAAAGAAGCAUAAUGUAGAACUUGGCAUCACCAUAAGUUCUCCAUCUAGUCGAAAACCAGGGGAUCCUCUUGUUAUUUCAGAUAUUAAGAAGGGAAGUGUUGCCCAUAGAACUGGGACCUUGGAACUAGGUGAUAAAUUGCUUGCCAUAGACAAUAUUCGACUGGACAACUGUUCCAUGGAAGAUGCUGUUCAAAUCCUGCAGCAUUGUGAGGAACUUGUAAAACUAAAAAUUCGCAAGGAUGAAGAUAACUCUGGUAUUCACAAGACCAAUUGCAUCCUCUUGGCAUGUAUUGCAGAUGAACAAGAGAGCUCAGGAGCAAUUAUUUAUACUGUUGAGCUCAAGAGAUAUGGAGGACCUCUUGGGAUCACUAUUUCUGGUACUGAAGAGCCUUUUGAUCCUAUUAUCAUUUCGAGCCUUACUAAAGGUGGAUUAGCUGAAAGGACAGGUGCAAUUCAUAUCGGAGACCGAAUCUUAGCAAUAAAUAGUAACAGUCUGAAAGGGAAACCUUUGAGUGAAGCCAUUCAUUUGUUACAGAUGGCAGGAGAGACCGUGACCUUGAAAAUAAAAAAGCAGACAGAUGCAUCAAGUCCCAAUAAAUUUUCUGCCUCUGGUCAUACAAAUGAAUUAAGUGAUGCUGAAGAUGAUACAGCCAUGACACAAAAACCAGGCAAGCUAUCUGAAAUCUAUUCCACGACUGUCCCAAGUGUGGACAGUGCUGUAGAAUCAUGGGAUGGCUCUGGAAUGGAUAACAGUUAUGGAAGUCAAGGUCCCAAUUAUCAGGCUUCAGGAUACAACUUCAAUACCUUUGAAUGGAGAAGUCCAAAACAAAAGGGUAGUUUAUCUCCUUUGAAUAGGCCCCGAAUCAACUCCUUCCAUGAUACAGGAUUAAGUGAUGAUGACUGGGAUAAACCAGUAGAAAAUAGCUUUACAGGUGUCCCUGAGCCUGAUCAGGAGGAAAACUUCUGGUCCCAAGCACUGGAAGAUUUGGAGACUUGUGGACAGUCAGGAAUUCUGAGGGAAUUAGAGGACAAGGUUGACAGGCGUCUGUAUUUGAGAAACAUGGCUCUCUUGGCUACAAUUAUGUCAGGGAGUACAGUGAGCCUGAAUCAUGAUAACUCUCAAGUUCGCAGCCAUCUAGGAAGACAAGCCAGCUUUCAGGAAAGAAGUACUUCGAGGCCACAUUAUAGCCAGACCACUCGAAGCAACACAUUGCCUUCAGAUGUGGGGAGGAAGUCCAUAGCCCUUAGGAAAAUGAAGCAAGAGAUGAAAGAAAUCAUGUCCCCAACUCCUGUGGAGUUACACAAGAUAACUUUAUACAAGGAUUCUAAUAUGGAGGACUUCGGAUUCAGUGUCUCUGAUGGCUUAUUGGAAAAAGGUGUAUAUGUUAAAAAUAUUCGGCCAGAUGGACCUGGAGAUGUAGGUGGUUUGAAGCCAUAUGACAGACUACUACAGGUAAAUCAUGUUCGGACAAGAGACUUUGACUGCUGCCUAGUUGUACCCCUAAUAGCAGAAUCUGGUAAUAAAUUAGAACUUGUUAUUAGUCGCAACCCAUUAGCUUCCCAAAAGAAGGGCUCUGAGCAUCAGACUUUCUCAACAGGACAAUGGAGCCAUCCAAACCAUGCUUUCCUUCAACAAAGCGGACAUAACACAGGUUCAGAGAUGAAAUGGGAACCUAUGAACACUUUAUAGCCAAAAACUAUCUGUCCAAGAGAUUUAAAUGGUGCUAUUUUUUUUUAAUAUGUCUGAUACACUGGAAACACAGACACUAUCUAAUAUUGAGAAGCACACAGGGAAGGUUCUGAUUAUUUCUCAAGGCUCAUUCUUUGCUGCUUUCUUCCCAAUCGAGUUUUCUUCUCACUUUUUUAUAACCACAAAUAGUGCCAUUUCAAGUUGAAUUCCACAUGCAAGAGAAAUUAAUGAGGAAAGUAACUGUUUUCAUGUAGAUUAAUCAAAAGAAACAUUGUAAAUGAAACUGAGCUCUUUUCAACUCCCAUCCAAGUCCCUGAAGAGUAUCCCCAAUUUGGAACAUGAGUUUUUUAUUAUCAAAAUUUAUAUUAAAAGAUGAGCUAAUUGAAGGAAGGAAUAUCAAAAUAUUAUCACUAUGCCCAAAAGAUUAUUGUACCAUAGUUAUUGUUUAACAAAGUGUAUAUCUGUUAUCUCUGCUAAACAAGAGGAGGGGGGGAAAGGGGGGGACCAAAAACUGUUACUUGUUCUGCAAUCAUUUCAGCAAAGGUGCACACAGGAUCCCGGAGGGUAAAACUUUAGAUUCUGUUACAAUAUGAUUUAUUAGAAAUUACAUUAUUCCCUAUGCAAUGAUAUACUGAAUAGGAUAUGUCAUGCAGCCUGUAUGGAUUUCUCACUUUUAGGUAUUUGGAACGUAUAAUGAUUUUUGUUUUAAAACAAUUAAUAAGGCUUAUGGAAACAAGGUUUAAUAAAAAAAAUAUUCAAGUAAGUUUUUUUCUUAACUGAAUUCCAGUAGCAAAGUAAUACUGAUGCAAAAACAUAUGAACUGCUGUGUUUAGGGAACACAUAUAUAAAUAAACUUGUACAGCAACACAGGACUCUUUUUAAAAAUUAAGAUAAAUGAAAUGUGCAUUGAUUUAAAGUAUCUAUUUAAAUAGCUUUGUUGGAGCUCUCAUUGACUCUGCCAUUUUGAAGACUUAAUUUUAAAAUAUGUUUUACCCACAUAUUCCCAAAUUCUGCCCUGUUUCUCAUUCAAAGCAAUAAAAUGCUGCUAGUUGCUUUUGAGACCCACCAGCAGCUGCUUUGGUUUGUUCUCUGUAUUGUCUUGAUAAUUAAUGUUACUUAGUGACUGGAAAGACACCGGAUUUUUCUGUGAUAACAUUGAACCUUUAUAUCUUACCAUAAUUUUUUUGGCCUCUUUGAAUUGUCAAAAUACCCAUAAUACUCUUUUCUUCACCUAUUAGAGCAAGUUUCUAUGCCCUAUGCACUCACAUGACAUCUUCUCAUAUUCCAGCACUGCCAGAAAGAAAAAAAAUAAUUUAAAUGAAAUUGAAAUCCAUAUCAUGAACCACUUAAUACGUAUUUUUAUUUGUAACAAUGAGUAUUAAACUAAAGUAUUUUUGUACAAAUUUAAUACUUUAAUAGCAUGAUAUUUAUCAUCUAUGUAUGGUUUCUGGGAACUAAAAUUGUUAAAAAUUUGUAUGGAAAAUGUAAAAAAAUUAAUAAACAUAUUUAAAGACAA